AUUUUUUUGAGCAUUUUCCGUGCGCUGUGCAUUCAUUGACGAUGUUUUGAAAAAAAACUCAGUACACCCUGGUAAACAAUCACAUGAAUCUGACGAAGCCUCUUAACAAAAAAAAAGAAGUACACAUGUACAAGAACAAUUUUUCACUUUUUGUCAACAUGACCAAAAUUAAAAGUGAUUCUGAAGACAUGAAUGUUUCUAAGCCAACCAUAUCAGUCGCAUUAACUAUGGUUUCUAUUCCAUUGUCAAUGAUUUUAUGGAUUAGCAAUAUUUUGUUCCGAAAAUUUUAUGGUGAUAAUGUAAAUGAACUAGAUGAAGGACUCCCACCUCUCCGGUGGUUUAUAUCCACUUUCAUUCCAUUAUUUAUUGCUGUAUGGGGUUAUACCAAACGUAGUUUAAGUCUAAGCGGAGCACUAUUAGGUGUGAUUGUUGGUUUUGUAUUAACAUUGAGCAGCUAUGGAUUUCUGGCUUGUUUGCUAACAUUUUUUGUUACAUCUUCCAGAGCGACAAAAUUUCGAAGCAAAUCUAAGAAACAAUUGGAAGCUGACUUUAAAGAAGGUGGUCAAAGAAACUGGAUACAGGUACUGUGUAAUGGAGGCAUGGCUACUCAACUUGCACUCUUGUACAUUUUAGAUGUUGGAUGUGGUGAACUACCUGUUGAUUUUAAUCGUUAUUAUCGGCCUUCUUGGUUAUCCAUUGGUAUUCUUGGUGCUUUUUCCAGUUGCAAUGGUGAUACUUGGGCCUCAGAAUUAGCAACAGUCUUGGAUACAGGCUUACCCAUAUUGAUAACAACUGGUAAACCAGUUCCCAAAGGUACAAACGGAGGUGUGUCGGUCAUUGGAUUGAUUGUCAGUCUAUUAGGUGGCAUGGUUGUUGGAUUAGCAAAUUAUGCAAUGCUUAUUUAUACAAUUGACGCUGACAUGUUGGCCAGAAGUCCUGCUCAGUGGCCAAUAAUUGUAGCUGGAGGUUUUGCCGGACUAGUUGGUAGUAUUGUAGAUUCAGUAUUAGGUGCCACCUUACAAUACAGUGGUUUUAAUCGAAAAACAGGAACAAUAGUGGAACACCCUGGCAAAGAUAUUGUGCACAUAUCCGGGAGAAGAAUUUUGGAUAAUCACAGUGUCAAUUUGAUAUCAAGUGUGAUUAUGGGAAUCUUAACCCCAAAAAUUGCGUACUUAGUUUGGCCAUAAACAUAAAUAUGAUCACUUGUGACUUUUAUUUAAUUGUGACUAUUUAUUCCAUUCAAAUAGCUAGAUUUAAACAAUUGUUGGAUUUGUAUAUUGUUUUAUUUUCAUUAGAGUGGGAAUUAGACUGAUUGAAAUAUUUUGUUGUAAAUAUUAAAUUGCAAUUUUUAUAUCAUAUACUUUUUUUAUACAUACAUAAAUAUUUGUUUUAGUAUAUUUUUUUUUUAUCCGUAAAAUGUAUAUUUUUUUUUAUUGUUAAAUUAUUGUAUAAUUAUUUUUAUUUGUUUAAUUUGAAUUAAUGCAAAAUAUCAUGGUUAAAGUUAACACAUACAUAUCAAACCCUCAAAUAAGUUGUUACUUAAUUAUUAUUAAAUUUAAAAAUAUAUUUGAAUAAUAUUACUUAUA